GCCCAAUUUCCCUUCUUUCCCCUCUCCUCUUUCAUCCUUUCUCUCUCUCUCUCUCGCUCUCUCUUCCUCCUUCUUCUCUUCUUUCUUUCUCCUCUUUCCUCGUCUUCCGACGUAAUCAUCACACUUCUAUCUUUUUCCCACCUACAAAUUCGACUCUCCCCCCGCCUCCCACUCUCUCACUCUCAACAUCUAAUCCAGGAGUUCCCCUCCACUCUUUUCAUAUCACACCAUGGCUCUCAAGCGCAUUAACAAGGAACUCACUGAUCUCGGCCGUGAUCCGCCCUCUUCCUGCUCUGCUGGCCCUACCGGAGAUGACCUGUUUCACUGGCAAGCAACUAUCAUGGGUCCCGGUGACUCUCCAUACUCGGGAGGCGUUUUCUUCCUGAACAUUCAUUUCCCCACCGACUACCCGUUCAAGCCCCCGAAGGUCAACUUCACCACCCGCAUCUACCACCCCAACAUCAACUCGAACGGCAGCAUCUGCCUUGACAUUCUCAGAGAUCAAUGGAGCCCUGCUCUCACAAUCUCGAAGGUGUUGCUCUCGAUUUGCUCGAUGCUUACCGACCCCAACCCCGACGAUCCGUUGGUGCCCGAGAUCGCCCACGUGUAUAAGACCGACCGUCCCCGGUACGAGGCGACCGCGCGUGAAUGGACUCGCAAAUACGCUAUCUGAUCUUCGCAAUUCAAGUUCUCACGGCCACCUUGGUCUUUCAAUCGCUUCUGCGUCUCCUUUUCAAUCCGUUAGAUCAGAUCCGAAGCCUGGCGUACCGUGAUCGUAGAUCCUUUCCUUGUUUUCAGUUUGCGCGUCUGAUUCCCCUACUCCAAACCCCUUAUUUCACUUUCUCUUGGCGGGAAAUGUCAUAUUCAACGAUCAUUAUGACCAAUUCUCAUUAUGCAUUCAUGGCAUUUUUUUUUAUUUUUCCCUGAACGGAGUCGGAUCCCAUGUUACAUGUCGAACAUAAAACCCCAGGUUCGGGCCUCGGGUCGGGGGGUGGUGGACGUGGGGAGGAUGUUGAGGGCUGGUCGUGACGGUCG